AUGGUGAUUCGGUUAUCACAAAUUCUACGACAAUCGAGCUUAUUGUUUGCAAACAAAGCAGCAUCAUCAUCUUCUGUUGGUGUUCCAAAAGGCUACAUUGUAGUGUACGUCGGAGAGUUUGAAAAGAAGCGAUUUGUCGUUCCGAUAUCGUUCUUGAAUCAGCCUUCAUUUCAAGAGUUGCUAAGGAAGGCAGAGGAAGAAUUCGGAUACAAUUAUCCGAUGGGUGGACUCACAAUUCCUUGUAGAGAAGACAUCUUCAUUGACCUCACUUUCCGCUUGAAUUAA